GCGAGGCUCGGUCCCCCCGUCCGAACUCAGUGCGCUGCUCCACGGCAAACUCCCUGCGCGCUGCGUGCUCGGGGCAGCGCCAGCCCGGGUGGCCGCGUGCAGGGCGCAGGCUGAACCAGGCAGGGAAGAUGGAGCAGGCUACGCGCUCCCAGAUCCCCAAAGAAGUAGCUGACAUCUUCAAUGCUCCCAGUGAUGACGAAGACUUUGUGGGCUUCCAGGAUGACGUUCCCAUGGAAAACCUGUCAGAGAGCUGUGAUAGUUUGGACUCCUUGGAGUUGGAGAAACAGCAGGAUGUGUGCUUCCAUUCCAAAUACCUUACUGAAGAGUUGAGGAAGAUUUUCAUAGAGGACACGGAUUCAGAUGCUGAAGAGUUUGAAGGAUUUACAGAGAGUGAGCUGAAUGUAAGCAGUGACCCAGAGCUUGUACAGUCAGAGCUGAGUGACAGUGGCAAAACCACUGUGGAGAGUGAGGAGGAGGAGGAAGAAGAGGAGGAAGAGGAGGCUGUACCUAGAAGAGGCAGGUCCACAAGAAGCAGUUUUGGUCUUCGAGUAGCUUUUCAAUUCCCCACCAAAAAACUGGCAAAAACACCCAAUAAAAGUAGCUCACACUUAGUGGACAGCAAGACUGAUCUCAGAAGAGAGAAAAGUUGCAGACAGGCCAAGGAACGGGAAGACUCUGCCUCUGAGUCUGACGAUGACUCCAGGACUGAGAGCCAGAAUUCAGAUGCUCUGCUGAAAAGGGCCAUGAAUAUCAAAGAGAACAAGGCCAUGCUCGCUCAGUUGUUGGCGGAACUGAACUCGGUGCCAGAUUUCUUCCCUGUGCGAACCCCGUCCUCAGCUUCUAAGAGGAGAACAGCCCGGCGGGCCUUCUCAGAGGGACAGGUCAUACGGCGCAUGAACCCAGCCCGCAGCGCACGGCCCCCAGAGAAGUUUGCCCUGGAAAACUUCACCUUCUCGGCUGCCAAGCUUUCCGAAGAGCUUUCCAGCUUCAGAAGGAGGACAGUCAGUGGGGUAAAAUGCCAGCAACAUAGACGACGUCACCGCGUGUCUUCUUUUCGCGCCGUGAAGGACAUCACUGAAGAAGAUUUGGGAAAUGUUGCCAUAACUGUGCGGGAUAAAGUCUAUGAUAAAGUUCUGGGUAACACCUGCCAUCAGUGCCGGCAGAAGACCAUCGAUACCAAGACAGUGUGUCGGAACCAGGGCUGUGGCGGUGUGCGGGGACAGUUCUGUGGGCCGUGCCUGCGGAAUCGCUAUGGAGAGGAUGUGCGGACAGCGUUGCUGGAUCCGGAGUGGACGUGUCCUCCCUGCCGUGGGAUCUGCAAUUGCAGUUACUGCCGGAAACGAGAUGGCCGCUGUGCCACUGGAAUUCUCAUUCAUCUGGCCAAGUUUUACGGCUAUAAUAAUGUCAAGGAGUACCUGGAGAGCUUACAGAAGCAGCUGUAGGAGGCAAAUGAGAGGAGAAGGAACGCUGGACUACACAGAGUCCCGCUGGAGAUGUGUGCGUUUGUGCCUGGCCUUCCAGCUGAACCCACAGAAGCUUGUUCCCUACAAUUUACUGUUUCUAAUACUAGGGUUUUAAAAAUGUUUAUAUGCUUAAAAAGACUUCUCAGGAAAAUAGUAGAGCAGAGAAAUCUGUAUACAUAUCUGCACAGACCUGUACUAGAAGUAUCUGCUGAAGAUUUAAAAGCACAAUUUAAAUGGGGCAGAGCUAAGGCUCAGGUAAGUUACGAAGAAGAUGCUCUGGCCUUUGAUGCUCAGCUCUCCAAGUCACCCCGGCUACUCCUCUUACGAGGGCUGUUGCCGCUGCAGUGACCGUAGCUCAAACCUAAUAGUUCAUCCUGCUGUAGA